AUGAACGGCCUACCACCCGCUCCAGUACAAUGGCAGGAAGCCCGCGCUGCAGAUGGCCGCGUCUACUAUUACAAUACCAUCACAAAAGAGACAACAUGGUCCAAGCCUGCGGAGUUGAUGACUCCUCUGGAGAAGGCGCUUGCUGCGCAGCCGUGGAAGGAAUAUACUACACCCGAUGGCCGAAAAUACUACUCGAAUUCCGAAACCAAGCAGACAGUAUGGGACAUGCCAUCUGAGUAUCGAGAUGCUCUCAACUCAGUCCAAUUGCCUCCGAAACCAGUGCAACAGCCACCUGCGUUCGUAGCCGGCGGUGUCACGACUCUGUCUACUAUAUCAAGCCCCCGUGACCGCGACAAUCACACGCCGUUCGAGUCAAAGUCGCGGACAGACUUCGGCAGCACCAGUGGAAUCUCCCUACCGCCUCUCAACAAAGAAGUGGUCCCGGAUUACUCUAGUUUCGAGGAAGCUGAGGCUGCGUUUAUGAAACUCCUGCGCAGGUCUAACGUGCAACCUGAUUGGACUUGGGAGCAGGCAAUGCGAGCAACAAUCAGAGAUCCCCAGUACCGGGCAUUGAAAGACCCCAAAGACAGAAAGGCGGCGUUUGAGAAGUAUGCUGUCGAGGUUCGCCAACAAGAACGGGAAAAGGCCAAAGAAAGACUGGCUAAGCUACGCGCAGAUUUUGGCAACAUGUUGAGGACACACCCGGAGAUCAAAUACUACAGUCGAUGGAAGACAAUCAGACCAAUAAUCGAAGGCGAAACUGUCUUUCGGUCUACGGACAACGAGGAUGAGCGCAAACAAUUGUUCGAAGAAUACAUAGUCGAGCUUAAGAAACAGCACAUUGAACAGGAAGCCGCAGCUCGAAGGUCGGCGUUAGACGAUCUCGUGGCUAUUCUGAAGGCGCUCGACCUAGAGCCUUACACCAGGUGGUCGCAGGCCCAAGAAAUCAUCCAAACCAAUGAGAGAUUUCAGAGCGAUGACAAAUUCAAGCUUCUGAGUAAGUCAGAUAUCUUGACGGCUUUUGAAAAUCACAUCAAGUCCCUCGAGAGGACCUUCAAUGAUGCACGGCAGCAGCAGAAGGCGAACAAAAUGAGACGCGAGCGAAGGAACCGCGAUCGGUUUCUGGAAUUUCUUCAAGAGCUGCGCGCCCAGGGAAAGAUCAAGGCUGGCACCAAGUGGAUGGCUAUCUUACCGGAGAUCGAGGAAGAUCCAAGGUAUGUUGCGAUGCUGGGUCAAUCUGGAUCUACCCCAUUGGAUCUGUUCUGGGAUAUGGUAGAGGAGGAAGAACGAGCCCUCCGUGGCCGCCGAAAUGCUGUGUACGAUGUCCUAGAGGACAAACGAUAUGAGGUUACCUUGAAAACUUCUUUCGACGAGUUCUUGGAUGUCAUGCUUGCUGAUCGCCGAACAGCCAACAUCGACCGUGAUGCACUCCAACUUAUCUUCCAGCGAUUGCACGACAAAGUGCUCCGUCGAAGUGAAGAUGAGAAGCACGCUGCGGAUCGUCAUCAGCGCCGUGCAGUCGAUGCACUACGCUCGCGCAUCAAGCAUCUUGAGCCUCCCGUGCGCGUCACUGACACAUGGGAGGACGUCAAAGUCCGAGUCGAGAAAACAGAUGAAUACCGUGCGGUAGAAGGCGAUGAUCUACGCAAAUCCGCCUUCGACAAGGUCAUCAAACGCUUAAAGGAAAAGGAAGAGGAUGCCGAGAAGGACCGUGAACGGAGACAAUCCCGGCGGGGUGAUGAUCGCGACCACCGCAAUGGUCAUCGCACAGAACCACGGCGUGGCCGGGUGUCGAAAUCUCCCGAACCCGAUGCCUACGAGGCCGAUCGCCGCAAAGCAAUGGCAGCUAGGGAGAAGCAAUACCGCAAGACAAGUUCUUUGGGCCUCAGCCCGCCACCCUCGUCGCAUCGGGACCGAGACAGAAGGGAACGAGAUGAAAGACAUGGACGCCUGGAUCGGGAUCGUUCUCCGCCGUCCCGGCACCUGAGCUCAUACGAACGUGAGCGGCGUGAGCGAGAAGAGGAGCGAGAACGUCUGUACCGGACACGCGCAGAGCCCCGGAGCAGUAGGGACGAGCUCAACUAUGGCGAAGAAUCACGCAGCGUAGCAGGGAGUGACCGGCGCCGCAGAAGAGCCGAUGGCAGCGAAGCCGAAAGCAUCGAGAGCAGCCGCCCCAGCGCGAAGCGCCACAGACGCGACAGGCUAGAUAGCUCGCGGGACAAGCGGAAGAGCAAAACGCCUGAGCCGGAAAAGAAAGAAGCUCAGGUGCAGAGUCAGGAGCCCGUUGGCGUGCAUUCCGGGAGCGAAGAAGGCGAAAUCGAGGAGGAUUGA